UGCAUGAAGCAAUAAGAAGACACAGCUUUGGUCGGUCCACAAAGAUGAACGUGUCGUCGGGCAACGUGACCGUGGUCAUGGAGUACCGAGACUCCUUCUCUAAAGCCGUGAUCAAGAAUGUGAUCGUUGUGGUUCUCGGCAUCUCCAUCAACUACGUCGGUGCUGGCCUCAUCUACACCUUUCAUAACCACCAGAUCUUCUACAUGAAUCCUCGCUACAUCCUUUUUAUUCACCUGGUGGUCAACGACAUGAUCCAGGUGACGCUGACUGUCAUCCUGUUCGUCAUCAACUACACCAUCUACAAAAUAAAUGUCUCUGUUUGUUGUAGCUUCAUCCUGGUCGCUCUUAUCACCACUGAAAACACGCCUCUGAACCUGGCUUGCAUGGCGGUGGAGUGCUACAUCGCCGUCUGCAUCCCCCUUCGCCACGAUCAGAUCUGUACAGUAAAAAGAACGUUAAUGCUGAUUGGUUUAAUCUGGACGGCGAGCAUGUUGUCUGUUCUUCCAGAUCUGUUCUUCACUUUGGCCACAGAGCCGAUGGACUUCUUUCACUCCAGAGUCUUCUGUCUCAGAGAAACUGUCUUCUCAAAUCCCCUCAUCCUCAAGAAGAGAGAUAUCACAUAUUCAGUGUUUCUAGUCAUAGUUUGGUUCACCAUCUUGUACACUUACUUCAAAAUUCUGUUCACUGCACAAAAAGCUAGCAAAGACGCUAAAAAGGCCAGAAACACAAUCCUCCUCCAUGGGUUCCAGCUGCUGCUUUGUAUGGCAUCGUAUGCAACGCCCCAGUUAAAACUGACUCUGCUGCUAUGGUUCCCCAAGAACUAUCCAGACUCCCUGUUCACUUGUUAUAUUAUCGCACAGGUCCUGCCACGAUCCAUCAGUCCAAUCCUCUAUGGCAUACGAGACAAGACUUUCAGGAAGUACUUGAAAAGCCAUCUUUCAUGUGAAAUGAGCACACAGUAA